AUGGAUACUUUCUUAAAUGAUGCAUAUAAAAAAAGUGUUAGUAAUGGAAUAAGGCAACGUAAUAGGGAGAAGAAGCUAUUGCAUGAAUCAAAGUCAUCAGAUAAACCAGCAACAGAACAAAGAAGUUCGAUCAUAUAUAAAGAAAGGAGUGGAAAAUAUCUGCAAGAUGUACUUGAUUUCACUGUGGAUGAAUCUGAUAAAAGUCACAUGACAAAAUUUUCGCUUACGGGCCAUGAGGAAAAUUCAGAUGCAUUGAAUAAUAUAGCCCGCUUAUACGAUGUAUGUAAUGCAAAAGAUAAAACGAUAAAAGCCAAUCAGGCAGAAAUUUUAUGCUGGUGUGAUUUUAUCAUAGGACUGGAUAAAAGUGUGGAUGAAAUUAUGAUCAAAGAAAAGGUGGAUAUGAAAAAGGCCAAAGGACAGAUUUACAAUUUUAUUCUAGCACACAAUCCUGGUACCAAACAAAAUACUUUAUAUCAACGAAUCAGUAGAGCCAGGAAGAUUUAUGAGUUUAUCGAAAAAAUAGGAAUUGAUAAAAUCAAAUAUAUCAAAACAUAUAGCGCGAAUUCUAUUGCAGAAUUAUCCGAUAGUAAAAUUCAAACCAUUAUUGAUUACUUCUCCAAGAAUCUCAACACUGAAUUACUGAAUAAACAGGAUGACUCUAUCAUAGAUUCCGAAGAGGAGGUUUCAGAUGAUCAGAUUAAUGCAUCGGAAGCAGUUUCAGCUGAAGUAAAAAUAUCAAUCGCACCUAUUCCUUUAACACACUUUUCUAAUUCUUCAGAUGAUUCCUCAGAAUUCGGUCCAGUCAAUUCGCCCAAAGCUGAGGACGAUUUUGAUAAAAUAGUCAUGGAAGCUUUCAAAGAGUCAUUCUGUGUCUGCCUCCUGCAAUUCGAAAUAUGA